CCCUCUCCAAACCAUGGUCUGUCUCUCAGUCAGUCUACCUCUGUGCAUGUUGCCCUUACUAAGCCGGGACUUGUGAGCGUGUUCAUGUCAUGACACAGCGCAGCGCACGAUCCAAGUGGUCGCGGGAACUCCUCCACUGCCCAGGACUCUUUCCCUGCGCCUUGAGUUUGGUUACGUGAAAUAUGCGAUGUUCGCAGGAGUGUCCGGUUCUUUCUCUGCUACUGCACUUUGUUUUCCUCCUGGCAUCCGGCCAGGAAGAGCUCCCUCACUCUGGCAGCAGCAGCAGCAGCAGACUCUUCUCCUUCUCCACAGAGCGAGGUCAGUUGGUGCAGUCAGAGUCAGCUGUGCCCAUUUACCCAGAGAAAACUGAUGCACAUGGAGAGUUCAUCUCCCACUCACUGGCUCACCACUUCCAGGGUGGCCGAGUCAGGCGUGACCUGCAACCCUCUUCACCUGAGGGGCAGGUUUACUACAGGGUCAACCACGAGGGUCGAGCUUUAAUGUUCAAUCUGACGACAAACGACAACCUGGUUUCAAAUGACUACAUCCUGGAGAGGAGGAACGGCAGUGCCGACAGGACGGAGCAUCGCCGCUCGGGGGGGAAUUCCUGCCACCUCCAUGGCACCGUGGAAACCUCUGAUGUGCGAGGAUCUGCUGCCAUUAGCACCUGUAAAGGACUGAGAGGCUUCUUCUCCCUGCCAGAGGGACAAUAUUUUAUUGAACCUGUGCAAAAGUCUCCCGAUGAUCCCGCGGGGACUCCCGAGCCCCACGUCAUCUAUCCAAGAGUUACUGCAGACAAUCACAGAAACAAACGCAGUCUUGAGUCCAAAGAAACACCCAGUCCAUGUGGAGUUCAAGAUGCUCCAAGUGACUCUGUCCAGGUGGAGAGAGACAGGGACGAAUGGGAGAGGGAGCAGCAGCAGAGGGGGGAGGACGACGCUCGCUCUCGCUCACAGCGCUCGGUCAGCAGAGAGCGCUGGGUGGAGACCAUGGUGGUGGCCGAUUCCAAACUCAUCGAAUAUCACGGCAGUGACAACGUGGAGUCCUACAUCUUCACCAUCAUGAACAUGGUGGCAGGAAUCUUUCAUGAUGCCAGUAUUGGAAAUGCCAUCCAUGUCAUCUUGGUUCGUCUCAUUUUGUUACAGGGAGAAGAGAAAGGCUUGAAGAUUGCUCACCACGCAGACAGCACUCUGGCCAGUUUCUGUGCUUGGCAGAAAAACCUCAAUCCUCAGAGCGACACACACCCAGCUCACCAUGACGUGGCCGUGCUUAUCACCAGGAAAGACAUCUGUGCUGGUAUGAACCAGCCCUGUGAGACCCUGGGUCUGUCUCACCUCUCUGGAAUGUGUCAGCCACACCGCAGCUGCAAUAUCAACGAGGACUCAGGGCUACCUGUCGCCUUCACUGUCGCUCACGAAAUGGGCCACAGUUUUGGAAUCCACCACGAUGGUCAGGGCAACGACUGUGAGCUGGAAGGGAGGCACCCAUUCAUCAUGUCCAGACAGCUGAUGUACGACAGCUCGCCUCUCACUUGGUCUUCCUGCUCCAAAGAAUACAUCACACGCUUCCUCGAUCGUGGCUGGGGGUUCUGUCUUGACGAUCGUCCUUCCAAGAGGGAUCUAACAACCCCGCUGGCUCGCCUUGGGGUCCGCUACACCACACACCACCAGUGCCAGCUCCAGUAUGGGCCAAAUGCUACCUUCUGCCCUGAGGUUGAUAACGUAUGCCAGAUCCUUUGGUGUUCAGUAAACGGCUCCUGUCGCUCCAAACUGGACUCACCUAUAGACGGCACUCGCUGUGGACCAGAGAAGUGGUGUAUCUCAGGAGAGUGCGUGAUUGUGGGUAAACUCCCAGAGACCGUGAACGGAGGCUGGGGACAGUGGAGCACGUGGUCUCACUGCUCCAAGACCUGCGGCACAGGCGUUCAGUCAGCAGACAGGGAAUGUAACAACCCCAAACCAGAAUUUGGCGGAAAGUACUGCACUGGGGAGCGGAAGCGUUAUCGCACUUGUAACACAAAACCCUGCCAGAAUAAUAAACCCACCUUCCGGGAGAUGCAGUGCAGUGAGUUUGACACCGUUGCCUACCAAAACGAGCUCUACCAGUGGAUUCCCGUGUCUAACCCUUUGAAUCCCUGUGAGCUGCACUGUCGCCCCGCCAGCGAGUACUUCUCCGAGAAGAUGCUCGACACAGUGACUGACGGGACACCGUGCUUCAUGAACAACAAGUCGAGAAACCUCUGCGUCAAUGGAGUGUGCAAGGAGCUCGGCUGCGACUACGGCAUCGACUCCAACGCAGUGGAGGACCGCUGCGGAGUUUGCCUCGGUGACGGCACCAGCUGUGAGACGGUGCACAAGACAUUCGAUCAAGCGGAGGGCUUUGGGUACAUGGACGUGGGUGUGAUACCUGAGGGGGCGCGGGACAUCCUGGUAAAGGAAGUGGUGGAGGCAGGUAACUUCCUGGCUCUGAGGAGCGUGGCUUCUGAGGAGUAUUUCCUCAACGGCAACUUCAUCAUACAGUGGAAUGGGGAGUACGAGGCCGGAGGGACAACAUUCUACUACGAGCGCAGUGGAAAUAUGGAGAAUCUCACGGCUCCCGGACCCACCAAGAAAGCAGUCAUGCUCCAGUUGCUGUUUCAGGAGAAUAACCCGGGUUUAAAGUACGAGUACAUCACUAAGAAGACUAAAGAGACAGGAAAUGAGAUCAUCGAACCCAUUUACAGAUGGAGACACGGGGCAUGGACUGACUGCAGCACCACUUGUGGCUUAGGUGAGCAGUACCAGCCUGUGCGAUGCUUUGAGAUGGAUGUGGGCGUCGUGGAUGAAUUCUUGUGUGACCCCGAAAGUCGUCCAGAAGAUAGACACAGAAAAUGCAAGACUAUGGAUUGCCCCGCAAGGUGGUGGGUUGGGGGUUGGCAGCAGUGCACAGCCACCUGUGGAUCAGAUGGUGUGAGAAAGCGAACGGUUCUCUGUGUGCGUACAGUCUCUGCAGAGGAGAGGGUGCUUCACCCUGUGGAGUGCAAGCAUCUCCUCAAACCCAAACCUGUGGUGCCGUGCAACAGAGAUGUUCCCUGCGGACAGGACUGGGCGGUCGGGAGCUGGCAAGAGUGUCCCGUUACAUGUGGAGGAGGAGUUCGCUCACGUACGGUCACGUGUGUCAUCGCUCCCCUAAAGACCUGCGACCUCUCGACCAAGCCUCGGUCCAGGUCACUGUGUGCCCUGCAGACCUGCCCUAACUCGGGCCUUCGUAGACGACCUGGGCCUCCGCCGAAAUACCGCCACCCUUUCCCACGUAAGAGCCACCCUACCCAGCCCCCUGGUUCACCUACCUCAGCUCUCACGACUACAGUUGCACCCACGACUACUACACCUGUAAAGAAUAAAACAACCAAACAAAGUACGACGGCUUUCAUCCCGACCACCACGUCCCUUUCAAGCCCUGAAACCACAACUUCUGACAUCGUUGACGCAGAUGAUUAUGAGUUUAAUGUUAUAAUGAGGAAAAAGGGGGAUAAGAGAGGGAGGGUUCUCCCUUCUACAUCCAGUCCCGUUAAAAUGGACAGGAAAGAAACUGGUGUGCAAAAGGAAAUCGUUGAAGAAGAGGAGGGAAGCACACCAAAUGUGGUGAUGUACACUCCGGGAAAUGAUUAUGUCAUUGAUGAGAGGACAACUGAGGAAGAAGGGAUUAUUGACCUGGAUGUUUUUACCACAGCGACACCAUUCAGAAAUGUCCUCAAGUCAACCACUGUACAAACAAGUCCAACUUCCAUGCACACAACCAGAAAACACACCACAACAACCUACCCCACCCCACACACCAGCACUGAAACAUGGGUAAAAACCACUCCCCAUUUCACCAAUGCAAACACCAGUACAUACAGCCCGUGGACACACAGGGCUCCCCUCGCCACUCCCACGACCAAGAACCACUCGGUCUCACAGGAAAGUGGCCUCCGCACAACACGAGCUCCCUCCACAACAUCGAGGAAACUCUUCACCACGGAAAAAUCGCCCCAGUCUACAGUAAAGAUCAUUAAAGUGAAGAAACCUGCCGUGACGCCGAAGAAAAAUAGUCCUACCUCUCCCGGUAAAAAGGCCUCUCCGCGGUCCAAAGGUUUCCCUAAGAACCAAAAACAGCAACCACAAAGACCCAAGAGUAGCUCCACCGGUGACCAAAGCAACCUGAUGGCCAGAGAGCCGGUCAACAUGGACCUGUACUGGGAUGUGGGGAACUGGAGUGAGUGCUCAACAACAUGUGGGAUUGGCGCAGUGUGGCGCAUGGUCAUGUGCAGCUCUGGGAACGAUGAGGACUGUGCCAACAUGAAGAGACCUGAACCCGCACGCACAUGUCAGCUGCAGCCCUGUGCCAUCUGGCAAAGUGGCAGCUGGAGCAAAUGUCCAGACUGCGUGGCGGCGGGGAGGAGGUACCGCGACGUCCAGUGCGUUGAUUCUCAGACUAAACGUCCCCUCAGACCUUUCCACUGUCAGGCUGUGUCCAGCAAACCCAUCAGCUCGUUGACCUGUCCCCACAAGCCCUGUAUGACCUGGAGUGUGUCGCCCUGGAAACCGUGCUCCAGCAGCUGUGGCAAAGGCAUCAAGGAGCGUCUGGUUCACUGUCCCGAGCCUCAUCGAUGUAGCAGCCCACUGAGGCCGAACAGCACAGAACCGUGCAUUCUAAAGCCCUGCACUCAGUGGAACACUCAGGACUGGGAGGAGUGCUCCGCGAGCUGCGGUGGGGGUCAGCAGCAGCGUCAGGUCAACUGUGUGAAUGACCGGGAUUUGGCUGUAGCGCCAAACAACCUGUGCGAGAAGAAAUCCAAACCAGAAACACUCAGGAAGUGCAAUAUUCAGGAAUGCAAGACCCACACAGGUCCAGUUUGCAAGAAGAACACCAUGUCCUCCCGCUUCUGUGACAAGCUCAAGCUACUGGGCCGCUGUUCUUUCCGGUCGGUCCACAGACAGUGUUGUGUCACCUGUGGGCCGUAGCCAGUGUGACCUACACACAUUUAUGCUAAGCACAAAUAUUAUAAUGGACACAUGCCAGCUACAGUAACAGUUGUUACUGCAUGAAACUGUACGGAACCAUCCGGAGACAUCGUCUCCUCAACCAACGUCCAAGACACAACAACACUGCAACAGGCACAAACAAACAUGGGUCAACUAGGAUUUGAUUAUUUUUAUGUUUUGUACAUUUGAGUAACUUAUCCCAAUCAAACAUUCAGACACAUUGGCAAAAGAAAGAAAGGAACAAGCCAAACAUUAAUGUGCAUCAAACUGUGGUGCAGUGAGCAGAAAUGCAGGAUGCAGGUAAAUCCCAGUUAAAAUGUUUUUAUUAUUAUUGUUAUUUUUUUUUUUAAAUUGUGAAUUUCUUAGCAGGCAAAUAAUUAAAUAAAAACAUACUUGAUUUUGUUUUUUAUAUAAAAAAUAAUUUAGAACAAUAGUCACACAACUAAAGCUAAAGAGCUUAGAUUACAACACAGGUACAAUAUGCAAUAUACAAAAUAAAAAAUAAAAAAUCCUAUGAUUUAUGGUGCAAAUCUGUUGGGGUCAAAAAAGGCUCUAUAAACAAGGUGCAAAUGAUACACACAUACAAAAAAGUCCUAUUUUUAGUUCAACGUGAACUGGUGCAAACAGAAUGUAAAUAAAGAUUUUGUUGUGAUUUAUGCUUUAUUAAAUUGUUGAUCAUCUAUGUUGGGUUUUUUUUGCUCAUAUAUUUAGCCGUUUCUGCUCGUGUUUGUUGUUGUUUCGUCCUCAGAGCUGGCGCUGUGUGUUUACAUUAUUCCGGUACACAUUCCUAUUUCAGUCAGUUUUGAUUUUUUAAAGUGUCAAAAGAUAAUCUGCACCGUUUCUCCAGCUGAGCCUGUGGUGCUCGUCCUCUGAUGUGAGACUGACCAGUGAGAAAGAGGUGUUGCAGGUCAUCCCUCUCAGGUCCCUCUAAAGAUGGCCACUGUGUUUUGCUUUUUCUUUGUGAUAUUGUACAGGUGUUACCGUUGUCAUGAUCUGGUACAUCACUGCGACUCAUUUUGUCUGUUUCAUGUCUCCAUCGUUAUGUUUUGACAAGAUAUUUGUGAUAAAACUGCUUGAAUAAAAUUUUCUUUUCCCAUCUUGACCAUC